ACUCAUCAUCCAUUCAUUGGUCGUUCGAUUCGAGAGAGAGAGAGAGAGAGAGAGAGAGAGAGAGAGAGAGAGCACGUAAAUUUGCAAUGGCUCCGGCAAUGGCGGCGUUGGAUCCCCUGGCGAGGCAGGCCCUGUCACGGGCGGCGACUGCUGCGCUAGCAGGGGGCGGCGGCGAUGAGCAGGAGAAGCUGAGGCGGAGGAACUCGGAGCUGGAGAGGGAGCUGAGGGAGAGCCGGGAGAAGGAGGAGGCGGCGAGGGAGGAGCUGCGGAGGACGUCGGAGAGGCUGAGGGUGGCGGAGGAGGCGGAGGAGAGGCUCUGCACCCAGCUUGGCGAGCUUGAGGCCGAGGCCGUCCUCCAGGCGCGCGCCUACCACGCCCGCAUCCUCAGCCUCGCGGACCAGCUCGCGCGGGCCCGGAAGUUCCUCCAGGUCGACUCCGUUCUUCCCCCGUCGUGAAAUGCGGUUGGUCCUUGCCGCACAAUUUUUCCCACGUUUCCUCGCCUGUCCUGAGGAGAGGGGAUCGAGAUGUAUAAGUAAAUGUCCGGUUUUGCGGACGAUCAUUGUCAAUUGUAGCUAGAUUUUAGGGCCCUGUGGCUGAGAUGUAAUCGAAAUGCAGUUGUUUUCGUUAGGGAGAUUUCGGACGUAGCUAGCAGAUUCUUUCUCCCACGACUUGUAGGAGGACGACGAAGAGUUUGACAAGAGCAAAUCCAAUUCCCCUUUCUUUGUCUCCGUU